UUUCUUUUUGCAGAUUCUUCCUUGGCUGCACCAACAGAGACAACAACAAUAUUGUCAAUGGAACCAAAAGACAUUGCAGCAAUGGAGACAGUGCCGUUUUUAAGUGCAUCAACGGACAAUGUGUCGGUGGCAAAAGCUCUCCAUGAUAAAACAACGAACAGCAUAACGACAAGAACUACGACGGCCGUGACACCAAAAAUAGUGUCUUCAGCACCACCUGUAUUAUCAUUAAUUUCAUCCACAACAUCAGCAAAUAUCCCCGACACCACUACCGUUGUCGACACAACGAUAUCUUCACCUUCUUUUCAUGCGCCGUCACAUCCGCACUCACCACUAUCACUAACACCAACGCCGCAGACAACAUCGAAUUCCUUGCCCACUUUCACAGUAACAACAAUAUUUCCAUCGGGUGAUUUACCCAGAGAGUUAUUCACAAUAGAGGCCAUCAUAGCGACAACAACAGCAGAUAACAAUGCCGAAAGCGCAAGUGUUGCUUUGCAACGCCCACCCCCCUCCGAUGUACUUUUAAAAGGUUUUUCAAUACCAACGUUUUUACCGCCCUUUCCGGCAUUUGCCAUGGCCGACCUUCCAUCCUAUACAAUGACACCUACUUCGGCACCAGCAGCGGAGCUAGCGGACUCACAAAAUCAAUUGUAUUUAGCCGCCUAUCAGCAAAAUGCGCCCCUACACAACUUAUCGAUGCCAGCGGUGAAUAUUACCGUUCAAAUGGGGAAUCACGCUUACCUACCUUGCAAAGCCAUUCGUGAGGUAGAGCUAGAAAUUGUCACUAAGGUCUUGGAAAAUUGGGAUAGCAGCAUGCGCUACUGCGAAGGCAGCCGAGGCCACAUGAAUGAAAUCCUGUUCCAUAAAUAAUGGGAAUGUUUUCUAAUUAGAAUAAACCAAUAACA